AUGCCUCUGCCCAUUCGGUCAUCGAUAUGCUCUCUGUGCCAGUCACGGGCUACGCUGCCUUUCACCCCGACCCUGCUCCCGACAUGGCAGGCCAUGCGACACAUGGCAACCGCGAGACCGCGCAAGGCCGCGCGCAUGACGCUAUCUCCCAAUGUCGCUAAGACGUCGCUGAAGAAACCUCGCUCAGGGCGCGAUCGCGCGGGCCCUUGGGCCUCGACGAACCAGACGGAAGCACGCAUCCGGGAUACACCGCGACCUAGGUCCCAGGCGGCGCUGAAGCGUUCAGGGCAGGAAGGCAAGGCCGAGAAGAAGGAAGCGCCUCUGUAUAAAGCUUUGAAAAUGCAGACUACGUUGUCACCAGUCACCUACGGCCGACGGACUGCGAUCAAGUCCAAGAUUGCCAGUCUCACCAGCUUCGAUCAUUUCCCUCUCCUUCCCACCGUUCGACACUCGAUUUUCUCUCAGGGACUGCCUGGUCUCGCUGACGUCACCCCCACUCCGAUCCAACGGCUGGCAAUUCCGCAACUACUCGACUCUAAUAUCACCAAGCCGAAGCCGAAGAAAGCGGACGAGCCUCAGUACGACCAAUACCUACUUGCUGCUGAAACAGGAUCUGGAAAAACCUUGGCUUAUCUUCUCCCCGUUCUCGAUGCUGUCAAGCGGGGAGAAGCGCAGGACCUGGAAGAACAGAAAAUUAUUGAUCAACAAAAGGCGAAGGAGCGUGAGGAGCGUUUGAAGAACCGCACAUUUGAGCUCGAACCCGAGGAGCCUCCCAUGACAGAUUCCGGCCGUCCUCGGGCCAUCAUCCUGGUCCCGACGUCAGAGCUGGUGGCACAGGUCGGAGCCAAGGUCAAGUCUUUUUCACACACGGUCAAGUACCGCUCCGGCAUGAUCUCAUCGAACCUCACGCCCCGUCGAAUCAAGAGCACGCUCUUCCAUCCCGCCGGUAUCGAUGUUCUUGUCGCGACUCCCCAUCUUCUCGCGUCCAUUGCCAAAACCAACCCUUAUAUCCUCAGUCGCGUCAGCCACCUCGUUCUCGACGAGGCCGAUUCCCUGAUGGAUCGAUCUUUCAUUCCGACCACGACCGAGAUCAUCGACAAAGUGGCUCCGUCGCUUAAGAAACUGAUCUUCUGUUCUGCCACCAUUCCUCGCAGUCUCGACAACCAGCUCCGCAAGCGCUAUCCCGAUGUCAAGCGAUUGACAACCCCGAACCUGCACGCUAUCCCCCGUCGUGUCCAGCUUGGUGUUGUCGAUAUCGAGAAGGAACUGUACCGUGGCAACCGCAUGCUUGCCUGUGCCGAUGUGAUUUGGUCGAUCGGCAAGGCAGGCGAGAGUAGCGAUGGCGAGGGUCACGGUCCUCUGACGAAGUACAUGGGUCCCAGCGUGAAGAAGAUCCUCGUCUUCGUCAACGAGCGUGAGGAAGCGGAUGAAGUUGCUCAAUUCCUUUUUUCGAAGGGAAUUGACGCCGUUUCCUUGUCUCGUGAUUCGACCUCCCGCAAGCAAGAAGAGAUUCUUGCCGAAUUUACUGAAGUGGAACAACCUCCCACCGCCGAGGAGGUUUCGCUCGCCAACAAGCAAGCCCGGGCGGAAAAGUCCAUUCCCUUCGUCCUUCCCGAGAAGAAAGCGGAAAUCACUCGCCGCCUUCCCAACACCAAGGUUCUCGUUACCACCGACAUUGCCUCCCGGGGUAUCGAUACCCUGGCCGUCAAGACUGUGGUGCUCUACCAUGUUCCACACACUACUGUUGAUUUCAUCCAUCGCCUGGGUCGUCUGGGCCGUAUGGGUAAGCGUGGUCGAGGUGUGGUUCUGGUUGGCAAGAAGGACCGCAAAGAUGUUGUUCGUGAGGUUCGCGAGGGCAUGUUCCGCGGACAGGCUCUGAUUUAG